CCAAACGAAGAGCUGGACACAGCCCAUUACAUUUUUUACACUUUCUGUCUGCAUGGUCCUCACCGUUGCUCAGCAUGAAUCUGGCUACUGUUUAUUUUAUGAGGACUGUGGGCUCAACCCUGCUGUGGAGGGAGCUCUUAUUCCCCCAAGGGUACCCUGUAAAGACUACAGAAAAGCAAUUAAUAUAACGGGAGACCACUACCAACUUUUUAAAAGCGUGUGCCCAAUGUUGGCCAAUGGUGAGGGUGAAACAUUAGCAUGCUGCUCCAUUAGACAGCUCACCUCUCUACAGAGCAGCCUGACACUGUCCAAAGCUGUGCUUAUCCGCUGCCCGUCCUGUGCCGACAACUUUGCACAUCUUCACUGUGCCACCACCUGCAGUCCCAAUCAAAGUCAGAUUUUAAAAAUCACCAAAACAGCCAACAUCACACAACCAAAUGGCAAGGAUAAGGAAGCUGUGGUUAGUUACGAGGCCUACGUAGCCACCAGCUUCUCAGAUGUGUCUUUUAGGUCGUGCAAAAAUGUACGAAUCCCAGCCACAGGAGGCUUUGCUAUUUCCACUAUGUGCGGUCGUUACGGUUCAACACUGUGCACGCCGCAGCGCUGGUAUGAUUUCCAAGGCGACUCCAGCAAUGGACUUGCUCCCCUGGAUAUUAAUUUCAGGCUCUUACCAGAGGGUCAGACUGCUGGGCUUCCACCAGGAGCAUUUCCGUUUGCCGGAAGGGCAUUGAAUUGUAAUGAGACCACACCCACAGGUGAAGAAGCUUGCUCCUGCCAGGACUGUGAUCAAUCCUGCCCAGCUGUACCACAACCAGCCCCUUUACCAGAUCCAUUCAUGAUUGGUAAUCUAGAUGGUGUGCUUGUCAUCUGCCUUAUUAUCUUCUCUGUUGUCUUUUUGAUCUUCAUUUGUUACUUGAUGUUCAAGAGCAUCAAUCAGCAUUUCAGGUCAAAGGACUCCGGGAAGGGCAAGAGCAUCAAGGACCAAAAUGGAAAUGAGAUUGACCAGAAAAUCAGUCCCAAAGAUGUUACAUACUCUGACAAAGCCAGUCUUGCCACUCAGGAAUUUCUGGGUUCACUUUUCCAGACCUGGGGAACUAUAAUGGCCCGCCAUCCUCUGAAAGUGCUCCUGGCCUGCCUCGUUGUAGUAUUGGCAUUCGCAGUGGGAAUAAUAAAUAUAGAACUGACCACGGAUCCUGUCCAACUCUGGUCAGCUCCCAAUAGCCGUGCAAGACGUGAAAAGGACUUCCAUGAUGCACAUUUUGAUCCAUUUUACCGCACCAAUCAGCUGAUCCUGACUGCCCCAAACCGGCCCAGUCACCACUACGACUCCUUACUGUUUGGCAAGCAGAACUUCAGUGGCAUCAUCUCUAAAGAUUUGAUCAUCGAGCUGUUGGAGCUUCAGCAGAGAAUCCAGGCAAUUGAAUUUUGGUCAGAUGAACUAAACCACACCGCAAGCCUUAAUGAUAUUUGCUAUGCACCACUCAAUCCAGACAACCCCUCUUUAACAGACUGUGCUGUCAACAGUCUACCACAGUACUUCCAAAACAGUUUGGAAAACCUGAAUGCCAAAGCAAACAUGACUGAGCUUGGCGUGACAAAAGAGGUUGAUUGGAGGGACCACUUUAUCUACUGUGUAAACUCUCCAUUAUCAUUUAAAGACAUCACAGCUCUUGGCAUGAGUUGUAUGGCAGACUAUGGAGGCCCUGUCUUCCCCUUUCUGGCUGUGGGAGGACAUGAGGAUGAGGAAUACACCACUGCUGAGGCUCUGCUCCUUACCUUCUCCCUGAACAAUUAUGCACGAUCAGACAUUAAAUUUAAGGUGGUUGAGGAAUGGGAAAGCAGGUUCCUUGAAAUUGUCCAGGAAUAUCAGAGAAACACAAACACAAACUUCACAUUUGCCUACAUGGCUGAGAGGUCUUUGGAAGAUGAGAUUAACAGAACCACUGCAGAGGAUAUCCCCAUUUUCAUGAUCAGCUACGCUGUCAUCUUCCUCUACAUUGCAGUGGCCCUUGGGGAAUAUUCAUCCUGCAAGCGUAUCCUGGUAGACUCAAAGUUCCUGGUUGGACUGGGUGGUAUUGUGGUUGUUGGCAGUUCUGUCCUGGCCUCAAUGGGCUUCUAUGCCUGGAUUGGGGUCCCAUCAUCACUGAUCAUUCUACAGGUGGUGCCCUUCCUUGUACUUGCUGUGGGAGCUGACAACAUCUUCAUUUUUGUACUGGAGUAUCAGAGAGAUAUGCGCAGACCAGGAGAGAAGAGGGAGGAACACAUCGGGAGAGUACUUGGAAAUGUGGCUCCCAGCAUGCUGCUUUGCAGCUUGUCUGAAUCAGUUUGUUUCUUCCUGGGUGGUUUGAGCACUAUGCCUGCUGUGAAGUCGUUUGCCCUGUAUGCAGCAUUGGCUGUGCUCAUGGACUUCAUGCUACAGAUGACUGCCUUUGUGGCUUUGCUCUCGCUUGAUGCCCGGCGACAGGAUGCAAACCGUUGUGAGAUAGCUUGUUGUGUUACUGUGAAAACCCCACAUCCAUCCAAACCUAACCAGGGCAUCCUGCUCCCUUUAAUGAAAAAAUACUACGCCCCUGCACUUCUAAACCCUGUCAGCAGGAUAAUAGUGAUGGUGUUGUUCCUUGCGAUGUUCUUUGCCUCUAUUUUCCUGUUGUUCCAUGUAAAAGUGGGUUUGAAUCAGGAACUGGCUAUGCCAUCUGACUCCUACAUGUUGGACUACUUUGCAUACCUUUAUAAGUAUUUUGAGGUUGGUGUGCCCACGUAUUUUAUUACGACCAAAGGGUUCAACUUCAACAGCUUGGAAGGCAUAAACGCAGUGUGUUCUAGUGUGGGGUGUGACCCGUUCUCUUUUACCCAGAAGAUCCGAUACGCCACUGAGUACCCUGAAAGAUCUUACAUGGCUAUCCCACCAGCCUCCUGGGUGGAUGACUUCAUUGAUUGGCUGAACCCUGGAUCCAAAUGUUGUCGUCUCUAUACCAGCGGCCCAAACGUAGGACAAUUUUGUGCUGCCAAUGAGAGUGCCUUUGUGUGUACAAAGAAGUGUAUGAGUGCACCCCAAAAUGGAGUUCUGCGGCCAAAUGUUGAGGAGUUUAACAGGUUCCUGCCAGACUUCCUUGCCAACAGACCUGACCUACAGUGUCCAAAAGGUGGCUUGGGAGCUUAUGACAAAGCAGUGGUUAGGGAUAAUAAUACUGGGGAAAUAAUAGCUUCUCGGUUCAUGGCCUACCACACUCCUCUGGUUAACUCCCAGGAGUUCACUGGAGCCCUGAACAAGGCAAGAGAACUGGCCUACAACAUCACACGGACUAUGAGGCAAAUCCCUGGCACCUCUCCUGACUUUGAGGUCUUCCCUUAUACUGUGAUGUACGUGUAUUACGAACAGUACCUGACCAUUGUAAAUGAGGGUCUGUUCAACAUCGGGAUGUGUCUGCUCCCCACGUUCGUUGUGUGUUGUAUCCUGCUUGGUAUGGACUUGAAGUCAGGCUUUCUAAACCUGCUCACCAUAGUCAUGAUCACUGUGGAUACUGUUGGUGUCAUGACACUGUGGGGAAUCGACUUCAAUGCUGUGUCACUCAUCAAUCUUGUGACGGCUGUUGGCAUAUCAGUAGAGUUUGUAUCUCAUAUAACACGCUCAUUUGCUCUCAGUAUUCGUCCCACAAAGGUUGAAAGAGCAAAGGAGGCCACAGCAAACAUGGGCAGUGCGGUGUUUGCUGGUGUUGCAAUGACCAACCUACCUGGAAUUGUGGUGUUGGCGUUUGCAAAGGCCCAGCUCAUUCAGAUAUUCUUCUUCAGAUUAAAUCUAGUUAUCACUCUGCUCGGCAUGGCCCAUGGCCUCAUAUUUCUGCCUGUGCUCCUCAGUUUCUUCGGGCCAGGUGUGAACAUGGCAGUUCUGCUGCAGAUGCAAGACAAGAGGGAAAAGGAGAUGGAACUCCAGAGCAAAGCUACAUUUGACAACAUUAGCUUUGAAAACAAUGAAAAAUCCCUCAACAUAGUGCCCAUAUCUUCAUCAAAGAGUGACAUUAACUCUAACAACAGCAGCCAAGAACAGCCUGAUGUUGAAGUUGCCAUUUUUUAACCCAAGACCUCUCAUGGCCUACUCUUAUUCUUUUAAUUUACCUCUUCAGUGGCAUUGACUUUAGAAGUCCUAAGAGGAAUACGUAGAAUUCUUCCUCUGAUUGAAGGGACCGUCUGCUAUUACUUGCACUAAUGCAGGUGACCUUGGGGAAUAACAACAAAAAUGGGAAUACAUACAGUAUAUACAUAUACAGUACAGUCAUAAAGCAUACCUGCAUUGUCAGUUUGAAUUCACAAAACACUUUGGCGGUAGUUCAGUGUUUCAGUGUCUUAUUCGCUAACCACCCACAGUCCCACUUGACAGCGCAUGAAAACUAUACUAGAAUACAUUUUUUGGUGAAUUCCCCCAUCGGUUUUGAGACCAAUAGACAUCAUCACAGGUAAAAGCAGAAAAGAAUCAUGCUGUCAGCUUCCUGACACCUUUUGAACUUCUUGAUAACAUUGUUGCUGCUACAAAACUGUAUAUCACAGUCUGAAGAACUUGAUGUUCACAGACGUCGCUCAGCAUUACACUUACUGUAAGUGUUCUAGAUUGUCGAUCUUUCAUCAUCUUCACUGGUGAUUAUCUUAAAGGUACACUGUAAAAAAUGUCUGUCAUUUUAACAGUAAAAGACUGUAAAAAUGCUACAGAAAUAAAACGUUCAUUGAUUAAAGAGUAUUAACAGUAAAAUAUACAUUACAUUUUUUUUACAUAUUUUAAAAGACAAUACAGUAGUUUUUACAAUAAACUGAUGUAAAAAUGACAUUUUUUAGAUUGAAAAAGUAUGAUUUUCCUAUAUAAGUAAUGAUAAAAAUUUACAUUAUAUUUAACAAGAGAGUACAUGUACUUUUUACAGUAAAUUAUUGUUAUAAUUACAGUAAAAAACAGUAAUCGGGCAUUCCCACAAUUCCCUGCGUGACCCAUUACAUUUCAUUAUAUUUUAUGGGAAUAGUUAUGUUUCUUCUUAUUUUUAAUAUCAGUUACAUACAUUGGGGUGUUCAGUUUUAUAUCUGAUGUAGUUUAGUUAAUGUUUACUGCAUUAUUUUAAUUUCACAUGUGUUACCCUGAUGGUCUCUACAUGUUUAUUGGUCAUUGCUCCAGGAAGAGCAAUCCACUAUUGAUGAGUUUCAUGUCAUCAUGUGCCCUUCUGUAGUUACUAUGGUGAUUAACAAAUACCGUAUAAAGUAAAAAGCAGAUUUUUACAGUUUCAGAAGGCUAAUAUCAAGUUUAUGAAAUCUUUUUUACUGUAAAUUUAACCGAUUUUUUUUUUUUUUUUUUUUUUACAGUGUUAUCGUGGUCAUGUAAAUUACAACAGUUUUAAACUGUAAAAUGUACAGGUUGUUCUGUAAAGUUGUUUACAUUUUUACUGUAUUUUUUACAUAAUUAUUCUGGCAACCACAGCUGCCAGUUUUUUUUUUUUGUUGUUGUUUUUUUAUUUGUUUUUUUUUAACAGUGAAUAGUUCACCCAAAAAUGUAAAUUCUCUCAUCAUUUAUUCACUCUCAUGCCAUCACAGAUGUGUAUGACUUUCUUUCUUCUGUAGAACACAAACACAUAUUUUAUAAGAAUAUAUCAGCUAUUUUUGGCAGAACUAUUCCUUUAAGUUCUUAUGUAGAAUAUGGCAAAUAAGGAGUUGAAAGUCACUCUUUUUCAUGAUUAUUAUUAUUUUUUUUUUUUUUAUCCCCUUCUCUCCCCAAUUUGGAAUGCUCAGUUCCCAAUACUUAAUAGGUCCUCAUGGUGGCGCGGUUACUCACCUCAAUACGGGUGGCUGAGGACAAGUCUCAGUUGCCUCCGCUUCUGAGAUAGUCAGACCGCGCAUCUUAUCACGUGGCUCCUUGUGCAUGACACCGCGGAAACUCACAGCAUGUGGAGGCUCAUACUACUCUCAGCGAUCCACGCACAACUUACCACGUGCCCCAUUGAGAGCGAGAACCACUAAUCGUGACCACAAGGAGGUUACCCCAUGUGACUCUACCCUCCCUAGCAACCGGGCCAAUUUGGUUGCUUAGGAAACCUGGCUGGAGUCACUCAGCACACCCUGGAUUCGAACUCGCGACUCCAGGGGUGGUAGUCAGUGUCAAUACUCGCUGAGCUACACAAGCCCCUGAAAGUCACUCUUUUAGAAACAAGGAAGUUAGUACAAUAGUUUAAGACUAUUAUCAUUUUUUUGCUCAGUUGUGUAUUUUAAAUGUAAUGUCUUAUUUAAUUUUGUUGUUGUUUACAUUUAAUAUUGUCAUUUUUUGUGAAAUGUUAAUUGCUCAGAAUAGAAACACUGUAUGCUCUCAAAGGAGGAAAACAAAUCGGUGACACUUUACAAUAAGGUUCCAUUUGUUAACAUUAGUUAACAACAUCAGUUAACAUGAACUAACAAUGAACAAUACUUAAUAAGCAUUUAUUAAUCUUAGUUCAUGUUAAUUACAACAUAUAGUAAUACAUGUUUACAAUUAAAAGUUGUAUAUGUUAGCAUUAGUUAUUGAAUUAUAAACUAACAUUAACUAACAAUGAACAAUAGUAUUAUAACAAAGAUUAAUAAAUGAUGUACAAAAAUAUAUUUAUAUUGUUAAUUGUUUGUUCAUGAUACCUAAUGCAUUAAAUAAUGUUAACAAAUGGAACCUAAUUGUUACCAACAAAUCUAGUAACACUCCAGUAUAAAGAGUAUAAUGUCUGCUCUUGUAUUAUAAGGAUUACUGUAAUAUUAAAUGCACUAUAUUUGUAAAAUGCACUGAGUAUUUGUACAUUCUGCACAUGGUGAGAGUUCAGUAUAUUACACAGCUCCAUCUCUAAACUUGUAUGGUAAGACAUUAAACUAAAAGGACUAGAAUAAAUCACAUUUACCUGCAGUAUGGUAGAGUUUACCACUGUUAGUACUAUUAGAAAUAGUUUAAGGGCCCUUUUCACAUUUCUGGGUUUGGAAACCGAAAACUGUAGUAGGUAAACUUCUUUAGAGGUACACUACAUGCAAGACCACAGCAAAUAUUAUUUGUUUCCAUUUGCUCCAACAGCAUUAGCAAAACCACCAUUACAUUUCCCUGACUUUCCA